AUGCAGCAUCUCGGGCCGCCUGCUGCACGAAAAGGGCAAAGCAAGGGAGAAAAAAAGGAAAGGAGCAGAGCAGGCCGCGAGAAUCGUUUGUUCACCAUCCCGGGAUGGGGAUGGAAUGGGAUGACGGGCAGGACUGUUGCAACGGCCUGCUCUGCUGCUAACCCACACCCGCCUCCGUUUGUAUCUGAGGAUGGCAGCAAAAGUCGAGGAGAAAAGGCGGCCUUGCAUUCGCACGCAGACGCAGGAGGCAAUCAAUAUGAAUCAGACUGCAUGGAUGGGCGCGAACUGUUACUAAUUCACGGCCUGCUGUCUGCUUCUCUUCCCUUCCCGUUGCUUCUUCGUCUCCUUUCUGCAGGCGCUGCUUCCGCUGUCUUGUGCCCUCCUCCGCAUCACAUCCUCAGAUACCUGCCAGCUAGCUCUUCAGCCAGACGGACGCAGCUGAGAAUCGCCAGUCUCCAAGCCCCUGCUCAAGCUGCUGCUCAAGCUGCUGUUGUAGUUGCUGCUGCUGCUGCUGUUGUUGCUUGCUGCUGGAGUUUUGCUGAAAGUUGGUGUCGUUGUCGUCGCGGAAAAAGAGCCGCCUGCGUCAUCUGCCUUUGGCGCCUGGAAGAAAGCCUUCAGCGUCAACGUCAACGUCAACUUCAACAUCCAACCUCGGCUUCUCUCUUCAUAACGCUUCAUCCUCUUCGUCCUCUUCAACCACGACCGAGGGAGCUUCCGCCAGGUACUGCACAGCAUAUACAAGAGACCAAGAUACGGAAGAUCCCCCGGACAGACACUCCAGACACACACUCACUCACUCACUCCUACUCCGUCUACCGUGACCUGGUGCAAGAUGUAAGUGGCUUCCAGCCUGGCAAGGGUUUCCCACAUACUAACCAGCGAGUCGACAGGCGCAUCACGGUCUCUGUUGUCGCGUCGAACGUGGCCGUCAGCUCGGAUAUUGUCACUCUCGAUGUCGGCGAGGACAUGACGCUGGCGGACCUCAAGGCCGUCAUACAGAGUGAAAUCCAGAUCCCCCCUCAGUCGCAGCAUCUCUUCCACAACAACCGACCGUUGGCAGACGAGUCGAAGCCGUUGGGACAGCUGGGCAUAAGCGAAGGCGACAUGCUGGGUAUGCAUAUACGAGUACCAACUCCGGCCUCCGGACCAGGCCAGGGUAACCCCUCGGGUGCUGGAGCUGGAGCUGCAUCACAGCAAGGGGACUCUUCACGCGGGGGGCAGCCGACGAUACCGGACCCAGAGACAAUAAGGCUGCACAUGUUGGGUGAUCCACGGGUCCUGGCAGCAGUCAGACAGCAGAACCCGCAGCUGGCGUCUGCCGUGGAUGACCCGCGGCGGUUUCGAGAGAUAAUGAUGUCUCAUCGACGCGCUGAGGCGCGGGUCGAGGCUGCAAAGGAGGCCAGAAUAGCCAUGCUGAACGCAGACCCGUUCAACCUCGAUGCACAGCGGGAGAUCGAGGAGAUUAUUCGUCAGAAUGCUGUUACGGAGAACCUACAUACGGCCAUGGAGCAUACUCCUGAAGCAUUUGGACGGGUAACUAUGCUGUACAUCCCUGUGGAGGUGAACGGCCAUAAAGUGAAGGCAUUCGUUGACUCCGGUGCCCAGGUCACCAUCAUGUCACCUGCAUGCGCCUCUGCCUGCAAUAUCAUGCGAUUAAUCGACCGACGAUAUGGCGGUAUUGCAAAGGGUGUAGGCACCGCUGACAUUCUGGGGCGUGUCCACUGCGCCGAGAUCAAAAUCGGGGACAUGUUUCUCCCUUGUUCCUUCACGGUGAUGGAUGGGAAGCAUAUUGAUCUCCUUCUUGGCCUAGACAUGCUUAAACGCCACCAAGCUUGUAUAGACCUGAAAGAGGGGGUGCUUAAGAUCCGGGAUGAGACGGUGCCGUUCCUCCAUGAAGCCGAUAUACCCAAGCACCAAGACGAGUUUGAAGACGAGCCAAUGGUCAGGGGCUCGGACGGAGCUAUUAUCGGAGGCAGGACUGGUGCCGUACAGCAUCCGGCUGCGGCUGGCGGGACGGCUGCCUUUCCGAGACCUGCACUACCAACUUCUUUACAUCGUCCACCGCCUACUGGCCCGUCUCCUGGCCUUUCUCCUGCUCCUCGUCCUGGUCCUGCUGCCACUCCUGCUGCUACUCCUGCCGCUACUCCUGCCGCUGCCACUCCUGCUGCUGCUACUGCUAAUGCUCCCCAGCAGCGAGCCUCGCGCUGGCCAGCUGACUCGAUUGCCAAAAUAACUGAUCUAGGAUUCACGCGGGACGAAGCGAUACAGGCCCUCGACGCAGCAAACGGUAAUCUUGAUGGUGCAAUUGGAUAUCUCAUCUAA